GUGGGGAAUGGCGCACCAAUGGUCUGGAAUAUGGGGAAGUACCGUAUAAGACCUCCUACAUGUUCCACCAGUUUGGGUGGGCAUCUGCAGGAUCGCAUCUUUUUCUGUUCAGAGGGCGUCUUGAGUAUAUCUUCGCAUCCACAGACCAUUGCUACCUCCGAAAAUGACUAUUGACACCAAGGACGUCGCUGUUGAGACUAUGGAGUCUACCACUCCGGCUCCUGCUGUCGUCGGCUCUUCCCAGGUCCUCGCCUCGUUCAUUGCACGUCAACAUGGUCUCAGUCGUAGUGAGGCCAUCAAGGAACACUACAAGCCUAUCCUCUGGUGCUUGUACAUGUUCUUUACUUGCAUCAUGUAUGGCUUUGACUCCCUUGCAGGAGGCGUGGUCGUGGGUAUCACGCAGUUUAGGGAAGAUUUCGGAACGCCAUUCGGGGGUGACUAUGUUAUCGAUGCAAACUGGCAGCUCGGCUUCCAGGCGGCGACAUUGGGUGGCAUCAUCCUCGGUGGUGUUAUCACUGGCUUUGCAAUGAAUAAGUUUGGUCGACAAUUGUGCAUUCUGCUCGCCUACAUCCUCAACACCGGGGGCAUAUUCUUGCAGUUCUUUGCCACCACGCCGGCCCACUUCUUCGGCGGAAAGCUCCUUACCGGUAUUCCUCUCGGUGUCUUCGCCACUGUUGCGCCCACGUAUAGUUCGGAGAUGGCACCCAUCUCUGUUCGUGGUGCCGUCACCGCCGGCAUGAACUUUGCUGUUGUACUGGGUCAAUUGAUUGGCUACGGUGUCCAACGGCAGUCAUCGUUUUACGACGAUGCACGUCAAUACAAGGUCCUCUUCGCCACCCAAUGGGGCUACGUUGUCGUCGGCCUCGCCAUCCUCCCCUUCCUCCCCGAAUCCCCAUACUGGCUCGUCGCCCGCAACCGUAUCGAGAAGGCACGCCGUAACAUCAUCAAGCUCCACACCCCCGGCUACGACGUCGAUGGCCAAAUGGCCGAGAUCCAUGACUCGCUCGAACGCCUCAACGCCGACAAAGAAGGCUCGGCAUCCAUCUCUGAGUGCUUCAGUCGCCAGAACAUUCGCCGCACUAUCGUGUCUACCAUGAUCUUCUUCAUCCAGAAUGCGUCUGGCAGUGCGUGGGUGAUUGGUUACAUGAGCUAUUUCAUGCAAUUGGGUGGUAUGUCAGCGGCCAGGUCUUUCGAUACGACGGUCGGUCUAAGUGGACUGAUGGUUGUUGGUAACAUGUUCGGGUGGCUGUUCAUCGAAUGGUUUGGCCGAAGAGGAACAGCCUUGUACGGGACGGCCAUCCUGGCAGUGACGCUGAUUCUGAUCGGUGUUCUCGCCGUUGUCAAAACAUCUGGCGCUAUCUGGGGACAGGUCGCAUUCAUGGCUGUUUGGUCUUUCGUAUACCAAGGCACCAUCGGCUCCGCUGCCUGGGUCAUUUCCGCUGAGAACUCUACUUCCCGCCUGCGCAGCCCUACCCAAUCCCUCGCCACGGUCAUGAACGGUCUCUCGGGCUGUAUUUGGGGGUUCUCGCUGCCAUAUGCCAUCAACCCCGACCAGGGCAAUCUCCAAGGCAAGAUCGCGUUCAUCUUCGGCGCUGUGAUGGUGGCGUCCUGCGUGUUCAUCUUCUUCUUCGUGCCUGAGACGAAGGGCAGGACGUUCAUUGAGAUCGACGAGCUGUACAGGCGAGGAGUGCCGGCGUGGAGGUGGAGCAAGACGGAGCUUGUCACUGUCGUUGAGGAGGGCAAGGGAGACGCUGAGAUACGCACGUUUUAA